UGUGGGGUCCUGUCUCCUGCCGAUUGCGUCCUUGGGAAAGUCAGUGGCAAAAGGGCUUUUGAUGUUCCUGCUUUUCAGCUCCGCUUCCGAUACCUGCAGUUCCUCCUUUCUGCGUCUCUGCGCGUCACUUAAGUUCGCGUUGCCUGUGUGCAUCCGCUGCCCCAUUUGCCCUUUGCACCGCCUCUACAUAGCGACAUCUUGCGAGAACAAUCCUUCUCUUCCCACUCAGCACCGGGAGGUGUUACCUGGAUACCUGCUCUAGGGGUCUGGCUGCACUGCAGCGCUGCCGCUCCUGCGGGCUGGAGGGGCUCCUGCGCGAGAGAUAUUUACAUCUGGGAGCUGCUGGAUCGGCCCCGGUCCAAAGCAAGUUGUUUGCUGCCCGGGUCGCGGGCUGCCUGAACUUUGGAGAAGAGGCCUGGAGAUCCUGAGUGGAGGAGGUGUGUGUGUGCCUUGCAGCAAUGUCAGGGGAUGCAGGUCAAAUCCCAGAACAGGUAAAGGGUAACAGUUGCAGUCAGGAAAACAAGUCAUCAAGUCUUCGAGUCUCAGAAAAAAAGUGCUCAUGGGCUUCUUAUAUGACCAACUCUCCUACUCUAAUUGUAAUGAUUGGCCUUCCUGCAAGAGGCAAAACCUAUGUUUCUAAGAAAUUAACUCGCUACCUCAACUGGAUUGGAGUGCCCACAAAAGUGUUUAAUUUAGGAGUUUAUCGUCGUGAAGCAGUUAAAUCAUACCAGUCCUAUGAUUUCUUCAGACAUGAUAAUCAAGAAGCCAUGAGGAUUCGAAAACAAUGUGCUUUGGUGGCCCUUGAAGAUGUGAAAGCUUAUUUUACAGAGGACUGUGGCCAGAUAGCUGUCUUUGAUGCAACCAACACAACACGAGAGAGGCGAGAUAUGAUAUUAACUUUUGCAAAAGAAAAUUCCUUCAAGGUAUUUUUUGUGGAAUCUGUUUGUGAUGAUCCAGAAGUCAUUGCUGCAAAUAUAUUGGAAGUGAAGGUCUCCAGCCCCGACUACCCAGAGAGAAACCGAGAGAAUGUGAUGGAUGAUUUCCUGAAGCGGAUUGAGUGCUAUAAGGUCACCUAUCAGCCCCUUGAUCCAGUUAAUUAUGACAAAGAUCUGUCUUUUAUUAAAGUGAUAAAUGUGGGGCAGCGCUUCCUCGUCAACCGUGUCCAGGAUUACAUUCAAAGCAAAAUUGUCUAUUACCUCAUGAAUAUUCAUGUUCAGCCACGCACCAUCUACCUUUGUAGGCAUGGUGAGAGCGAAUGCAACCUUGUUGGCAAGAUUGGUGGGGAUUCAGGCCUGUCAACACGAGGGAAGCAGUUUGCUCAAGCAUUGAAAAAAUUCAUCAAAGAGCAGGAAAUUGUGGAUCUGAAGGUGUGGACUAGCCAGCUGAAGAGAACCAUCCAGACAGCAGAGGCCUUAGGUGUACCAUAUGAGCAGUGGAAAAUUCUUAAUGAGAUUGAUGCUGGAGUAUGUGAAGAAAUGACCUAUGAAGAAAUUCAGAGAAAGUACCCAGAGGAGUUUGCGCUUCGGGAUCAAGAGAAAUAUCUUUAUCGCUACCCUGGAGGAGAAUCAUACCAAGAUUUGGUCCAGCGCUUGGAACCUGUGAUUAUGGAACUGGAACGUCAGGGCAACGUCCUAGUUAUUUCUCACCAGGCAGUUAUGAGAUGCUUACUGGCUUAUUUCCUUGAUAAGAGUGCAGAUGAGCUGCCAUAUCUGAGGUGCCCUCUUCAUACCAUUUUUGCACUCACUCCAGUUGCUUAUGGUUGUAAGCUGGAAAUGAUCUCCUUGAAUGUGGAAGCUGUGGACACACACCGAGACAAGCCAUCCACUGCAACAAACAACCUUCCAAAGAACCAAACCCCUGUAAGGAUGAGAAGGAACAGUUUUACACCAUUAGCCAGCUCGGACACAGUAAGGCGUCCUCGCAAUUACAGUGUUGGGAGCAAGCCUCUCAACCCAGUGGGGUCUCUGCUGUUCCCAGAGUCUCGGGAUGUGGCCGAUGAACAGAAGCUGCAAGACGGUGUUCAGAGAACAGCUGGUUUAGCAAUGUAGAAGUAUUCCAUUUGUGUAUUGAAAAUCGACAUGAAGGUCUCAGGAAAUACAUCAACUUGGACUGGUACUCUGUACAUUUGAUGGAAGUCCUUCCAUUUGAUGGAAGCUACUGUCUUGCGGGCUAUAAAACAUGGUGGACAUGUUAGUUUUUUUGAUCAAUGAAAUGUGAUCUCCCAUAUUUCUUUUUUUUAAAAAUCAGUGGUAAUAGUGAAAUUUUUCAGUGUGAUAAAUGCUCCUGCAAGCUGUCUUUGCACGCCUCAAGUCCUUGUGAUGCACUUAUAGUAUGAUGAAGUUACAGUGCAAAUUUAUACCAGGUUCAAACUUGUUUAAGCAUCAUGGCCACAGCCAAGGGAUACUAUGUGAGGUAUUUGUGGCCCCAGUACCAAGGAGAGAGCAUGGUGGAGGCCGCUGAAGGGUAAAGGGGAGUUCCCUCAAUCCCCAUUUUAGGACCCAAAUUAAGCAAGGUAACACUGUCAGAAAACAAUCAGCAUUCCUGCAAUGCUAUAGUUCUGGGAAGGAAUGCCAUAAAAGUUAAACUGGUUUCAGCCCAGCUUAAAUUUGUAUCAUGGGAUGCCUUCACUGUGCUGUGCUGCCUAGAAAAAUUCUUUUUCUGAUUCUGGAAAUUAGUAUAUAGGGGCUACAUGCAUGUGUAGGUAAUCUCCUGGCAUG